GAAUUUGAGCGUUAGCAAGUCAUCAUGCUUUAAGAAUCUUGUGUCUUUUUGAGUUGUUUUUUUUUUCUGUGUUUAGACUAUUCAGAGAUGAAAGUUUUAGUUGUGUUGCUGUCAGUACUGCUGGCCAUCGUGUCCUGUUGUCCUGAUGGGAACUUUAGCUGCACGUCUGGAGAAUGUCUUCCUGCUCGACUCGUUUGUGAUUUUAAGAAGGACUGCAAAGAUGGUUCAGAUGAGGAGUUUUGUGGCUCAUGCAACUUUGAAGAUCACACCUGUGGAUGGAAGGACACCAGUGGCUCACAUAACUACAGAUGGAGCUGGCAGAUGGCAAACAUUACCUCCAUCCCAGGACUGGAUCACACCACAGGGAGCCCUUGGGGACACGUCAUGCAUAUAGAUGGUAMACAAGGAGAUAUGUUUUCAUAUGCUUAUUUGGAGUAUUCUGUAAAUCACACAGCUGGUCUAGGAUGUCAAAUCAGCUUUUGGUACCACAUAUAUGACCCCAAACCUUCAUCAAUAUCAUUAUCAACACUUCAUGUAAAAACGGUCCGAGGCAGAGAAGAGAAAGAUUUGCUAGAGAUUUCUAAGAGCCAGACAAACGGCUGGGAGAAUGCCACAGCUUUUGUUGGUAACUUGCCAGGAGGCUACAAGCUGGUGUUUUUAUUCAGUUCUUCAUUUCUGGACUCCAUGGAUGUCAUGCUGGAUGACAUCAGCUUUGAGAACUGUGGAGAGGAAGACAUCCCAGACGGGUCAGAUCGUCUGUCGUGUGAUUUUGAAAAGGAUACCUGUUCGUGGUACCACGACUACUCAGCUAGUCUGAAGUGGAAGAGAACUAAUGGGUGGUAUGAAGAUGUUACUGGAAACGGCUACUUUAUGCUGAUCCAAACUGCUUAYGGCACGAGUAUUUCAUCAACAGCUCGUCUCAUCAGCUUCCCUCAACCUGCAGGUCAAACCAUAUGUGUCAGCUUCUAUUACUACAUAUUUGGAAACAGCAUUGGCUCGCUGAAGUUUAUUGCGAAGCGCUUUGGUGAGCCCGAAACAGUUGUUUGGAUGCGAAGUGGAACCCAGGGAAAUAAAUGGCGAUUUGCAGAUCUUACUUUCAACAGUGACAAACCAAUUCAGUUUAUUAUAGAAGCUGUGGUGGGAGGUAAUCAAGGGAACAUAGCCAUUGAUGACAUCCUAGUGUCUGCCAGUGUAAACGGUUCCUGUCCGCCUGAAAGGGAGUGCACCUUCCAGGGCUCCCUCUGUGGCCUGCAGCCCCAGCCAUCCACAGACUUCAGCUGGAACCGCAUUACUGGGAUAUCCCAACCAGCCAACUCUUCGGGUCCCAUCAAAGAUCACACUCUGGGGACAGAGCAAGGUUAUUACCUGAGUGCUGAGUUGUGGAAACACCCUGUGGGGUCCAGGGGCGCUGUGGUGACUGCAGUGAUGGAGCCCACCCCCUCUAAUGGGGAAUGCCUAAUGUUCUGGUACUACAUGGAGGGAAGAGGAGUUGGUGAACUCAGUGUUUACACUCAAACUGCUGAAAGCCAUGAUAGCCCCACCAAGAAAUGGACCAGGAGAGGUGAUCAGGGGACCCACUGGAGACACGGAAGAGUGACGCUUUUCAGCCAUGAUACAAACUAUCAGGUGAUCUUUGAGGCAAUAGCUGGAGAUGGACCAAGGAGAGAUAUUGCCAUUGAUGACCUCACAGUCUUGAAUGGCCCCUGUCCCCCGACAGGUUUUUGUGACUUUGAGAUGGACUUCUGUGGUUGGGUGAACAGCCCCCCACCGGAGUMUGGAGUGGACUGGGACUGGCUCUCUGGUGAAAGUGAUGGCUCUAUGGUUCCACGAAGAGACCACACAACAAAUUCUGCUUUAGGUCACUUUGCCUAUUUUACACCCUUUGAAUCUUAUAAAGAAGAAACUGCCCGUCUGGAAAGUGAAUUUAUGGAUGCCGUAGAUCGAGCGUGCCUCCAGAUUUGGCACACUGCUCGUGGGUGGUCCACAGGCAGGCCCUCAGCCAUURCGCUAACAGUAUUUGUCAAUGAAACGGGUGAAUUGCGUCCGCUGUUCAACACUAAUGGCUUUCUGAAUAACUCGUGGAUCCAAGACAGAGUGGAGUACAGCGCAUCAGGUCGUCACCAGAUUAUUUUACAAGCUCGAUGUCCAGCCUCGGGAUCAGGAAGUUUCUCCCUGGAUGAUAUCCACAUCAUCAGAGGUCAGUCUUGUGAUGGCAGCAUCCUCACCACCACACCAAACCCUCCCACCUCCACCACCAGUACUCCUGACACCACCAUGGACUGCACGUUUGAAGAAGGUUUCUGUAACUGGAUCCAAGAGGUCAGUGAUGAUAUGAACUGGACUCUGAGUAAUGGACUUCAAGUGGACGGGCCAUGGAAUGGACCUCUCUAUGAUCACACCAUCAAAAAUAAUCAAGGUUUCUUUUUGCUGCUGAAUGGUUCUGGCUCUAAGGAUGAUGAGGAAGCUGCCAUUUCUGUUCCUGUCAGUCACCGAUCACAAAGUUGUGUUGAAUUUUGGUAUUACAUGCACGGACCUUYAGUAUCCUCUCUGAAUCUACUGGUUAAAAAUAAAUCCUCUGAGUUGUUAGUCUGGACUCGUCAGGGAACACAACAUUCAGAGUGGAUGAAAGCAGAUGUAACCCUUAACAUGAGCAACAUGCUUCAGAUAAUGUUUACUGGCCACAGAAACACCCACAGCCAAGGAUUCAYAGCUAUUGAUGACAUCACAGUGCGAGAAGGAGCCUGCAGCAGUCAGAACUUGUGUGGAUUUGAAUCGGACUUAUGCGGCUUUGAGAACAGYGUCAACCAUAAGGGUCAAUGGGGGCGCAGAAAGGGAACCAAAGAUUAUGGGGAUCACACAUAUGGAACUGAAAAUGGUUUCUACAUGAGUGUGAUGGCUUCCGAUUCUACGCAGCCUGAGAWAGCCGAACUGCUCUCACCAGAGUUUACGUCAGCUGCAGAGAUGUGUGUUMGCUUCUGGUACCAGUUUUCUGCUGACCCCUCUAACAGUCUUGAUGUCCACGUUCUGAGAAGCGGGAUGCUUGGCGCUUCUCUUUGGCACCGUUCUGGAGCCUCCUCUGCAGGAUGGGAGGUGGCAGAGGUCACCGUGGCUUCACCUGCUGAUUUCUAUGURGUGUUUCAGGCUGCCCAUGCACCUGGCUCUGAUGAGCCGGUAAAAUUAGAUGACUUUUCUGUGAGUGAGGGGGCCUGCCUCCCUCCUGCCAGCUGUGACUUUGAGUCUGGACAAUGCAACUGGGUCAACAUCCUGAGAGAAGAUGGACACGAGUGGAUUCUGUCGCAUGGAGGACCGUAUGGUCCAGAAACAGACCACACCACUCAGAACUCAGAUGGUUGGUUUUUAUUGAGCUCUACCCGACCCCAAAGCCAUCAUAGUGUGGCACAGGUUGUGUCUGAGUGGAUCAGGCUGAAGCACACCUCCUCCUGCCUCACCUUCUGGUACCAAACGGAUAACAGCCACUCGGGGACACUCCGGGUGUUUGUGCGUUCAGGCCCGUCGGACGAGACUCUGAUCCUCCACAGCAACACCAGCAACAGCAGCUGGAGACGGUUUUCUCAGUCUGUGGAGAGGUCCACACCUUACCAGUUUCUGAUUGAGGCAGAGACAGACAAUGGAUUUGUUGCUAUAGAUGACAUCAGUCUGACACCAGGACUUUGUCCGGAGAACGAAACAAGUUCGAGUUUUGUGAGCUGUUCAUUUGAAAACGGCACGUGUGACUGGCAGGACAUCAGUGUUGGACAGUUUCAGUGGGUCAGAAGGAAUGCUUCUGGGAGCUCUGGGCCGUCUGUGGACAACACGCUGGGAACCAGGCUGGGCUGGUAUAUGGCCGUGGAGGCUGAUCGAGGGGAAGAAAUGACCUCUGCAGCUCUGCAAAGCCCUGUUGUGGAGCAGGCCAGUGCCACCUGCACCCUGCACUUCUACUACAACAUGUAUGGAGACGACUCCGAGCUCAGCGUGCUGCUAAAGAGGGGCUCCAGGACCACCACGCUGUGGUGGCUGUCUGGCAGCCGUGGUGAUUUGUGGCAACACGGUGAGGUCGUGAUCGGCAGAGUCCCGCAGGACUUCACCGUCCUGUACGAAUCCUCCAGGGACGUCAACCAGCCGGGACACGUCGCCAUCGACGAUGUCAGCUUCACCAACUGCUCCUUUCCUGAGCCUGAUCCGGGGUGCCCCGAGAGUAUGUUCAAGUGCAACAACAACGUGUGCGUUGACCUUAACCGUGUGUGCGACUUCAGUGAUGACUGUGGAGACAGAUCUGAUGAGAACGACUGUGGAAAACAUGGUGUGGUGGAGCGUUGCAGCUUUGAACAAGGCCUCUGCUCGUGGUCGCAGAGUGACGUGGACACGCCUGGAGCUGAAUGGACACAUCGCGGAGGGCUGGGAGCCUGGCCAAAUCACGGGCCUCCCAGGGAUCACACCCAAAACUCUGCCGCAGGUCACUAUAUUGCACCUGGACUUCACCUGACGGAAGCGGGUCAGACAGCUGAGAUUCUCUCCAAAACCUUACUGCCCAGCUCAAGCUGCUCUGUGAGGUUCUUUUACUUCAGUUUGGAUGAUGCAGCAGCCGAGCUGACAGUCCAGUCCAGGACAGUGUUGUCUGGGACGGACGACAAAGUGCUGUGGGUCAGAGGGGGCUCCCAGAGCUACAGCUGGCAGAGGGCAGAGGUCACGUUCUCCUCCUCAGCCAGAAGCAAGGUUGUUGUCAGGUACGAGCUUAAAGAAGCACCCAGGGGACUGGUUGCUUUAGAUGACAUCACUUUCUCCAAGGGAUGCGUUUUUGACCCUGAAAACAGCCAACUACCUCAGACGCCCACCUCUGUUCCACCAACUUCCUCAACUGCUCCUGUGAACCCCUGCCAGGAUGAUGAGUUUUUCUGCCAUCAGUCAGCUGGGAGCGUGUGUCUUCCAGAAACAUUGAAGUGUGAUUAUCAUCCGGACUGUCCGCGUGGAGAGGAUGAAGCCGGCUGUGGUCCGUGCACGUUUGAGAGCAAUCAGUGCCAGUGGGCCGACAGCAGUGACGGACAGAGCAAGUGGCAGAGACAGAGAGCUUCUAGCACCACGGAUCCUCCCACAGAUCACACCACACAGACUGGAUUCUACAUGAGAGUAAAUAUCAGUAAGGGGUCCACACCAAUGGAAGCCAAAUUCCUCAGCCCCCUGCUACCCCCUUCAUCCCCCUACUGCCAGAUUCUGUUUCACUUCCACAUCAGUGCAGAGAGUACUGGGUCACUCAGAGUGCUUAUGCAGCAAGCUGAGGGCGAUGAAGCAAUCCUGUGGUCACGCAGUCACAACACUGUCUCCCACUGGACCCCUGAGCAUCUGCCCGUGGGCCUGCACCAGCAGCCAUACAAGCUUUUGUUCAGUAGCAUAAAUAAAGCUACACAAGAUGUGAAUGUUGAUGGAGGCCACAGUGUCGCUCUAGAUGACAUCUUUUUCCUUAACUGUGAAAAAUCCUAUCAGCCACCAGAUCUGCCGUCUUUCAGCUGUACGUUUGAAGACGGCUUGUGUCUUUGGGUCCAAGGAGCCAAAGAUGAGCUAGACUGGCUCAGCAGAUCAGAUCCCACUGACACCCCCAACACUGGGCCUGCAGGGGACCACACCACAGGCAAAGGGAAGUAUCUUUACAUCGAGAGUUCCCAUCCAUCAAUGAAGCAAAACACAGCCCAACUGAAGUCCUCACUGCUGCCACCUGCUGGUGAAAAUGGUUACUGCUUCACAUUUUGGUACCACAUGUUUGGAUCUACUGUGGGCUCCUUGAAGAUGCUUCUGAAAACAGCUGACACGCAGGAAGAAACACUGGUGUGGCAAAAAUCAGGAAACCAGGGGGAUGAGUGGCUGCUGGCUCAGAACCAUGUGAACAUGCAAAGAGUCCACCAAGUGGUUCUGGAGGCUUCGGUGGGAGGAGAAGCAGGAGACAUAGCCAUUGAUGAUCUCGGCUUCAUCCAUGGACCGUGUCCUGCCUCUGAUUUGUGUGACUUUGAGGAGGGCAGCUGUAACUGGCAGCAGUUAACAAAUGAUAACUUUGACUGGGUCAGGCAGUCGGGUCGUGACUCCAACACAGGCCCAGAGACAGACCACUCCACCAACACGGUCAUGGGUUAUUAUUACUACGUGUCGCUUUCCCUCAAUGACCAGGAGGGCCAAACAGCGGCCAUGAUGUCCCCGCUGUACCCUGCAAGUAAAGGGUCGUGUGUGCAGCUGUGGUACUACAUGUACGGGGAAGGAACGGGCACGCUGAAUGUUUACCAGCAGAGUGAAGACGGGAAAAAAGUUCUGAUUUUCUCCCAGAUGGGAGACCAGGGUCGGCUGUGGAGGUUCGCUCAGGCUUCGCUGAUGCCUCGGAUUCAGCCGUACAGAAUUGUGGUGGAGGCUGUGACGGCUGGCCCCAUGCAGGAGGGACACAUGGCUUUUGAUGAUGUGCAGCUCACAGACGCUCACUGUCCUCCUCUGGGAUUCUGUGAUUUUGAGAGCUCGCUCUGCAACUGGAGCAACCUGGGUGGGGUGGUCGACCAGGGAGACUGGCUCCGUGGAGCAGGAGCCUCCCCGAACCCAAACACCGGACCGACUGUCGACCACACCACCAAUUCCACGCAUGGUCACUACGUUUAUGUGGACAGCUCAGUGGGUGACUGGGGAGACUUGUCCUUCCUGAUCAGUGACGUGUUCCAGCCGUCCUCCAGAGGACACUGUCUUUCAUUCUGGUACCACAUGUAUGGUAACCACGUGGGGACCCUGAGAGUCUACAUAAACAACAGAAAAAUGCAUGAGGCGGGCAAUGAGGAAGGAUUUCUGCAGUGGAUUGAAGCUGGAAACAAAGGAGACCAGUGGCUGCAGGCCACUUUGAACAUUAAACAUGAGGAGGCAUUCUGGUUUGUGUUUGCGUAUCAGAAGGGGAUGAGUACAGGCGGAGACGUCGCUCUGGAUGACAUCAUCAUCACCCCCAGAAACUGUUUCACAGAGCCGCCCAUCCAUCCUUCCAAUAACAGUGCUCUGUCUGUCGGUCUUGCAGUUGGUCUGACUUUGCUGGUUGGAGUCAUCGUCUCCAUCUUGCUCUUUCUGCUGAACCGAAGGUGUUACUCGAUAAAUCAGCCAACAAUCAUGAGCAAUGAGGCGAUUGAGCAGGACUCUGGAUUUGACAUGGGCAUACAACAUGAAUCUGACUUCUCCUUUUUCAACAACCUUUAUGAUCCAUCGUCACCUAAAAACACCGCUGUGGAAACGUCUGAUGCCUGAACUUGUUUUUAUUUUAGGAUAUUGUAAUUUUAUUGAAAGAAGAAAUAUGUAUUUAUAUUUUCAAAGAUGAGUGUAAUAGAAGGUAAAUAAGAAGUUUAUAAAAGUAUUUUGUUGACUCUUGAUCACAGUUGUAUUAAUUAUCUGCAAAUGUUUUAAUGCAGAAAAACUAUUCACUGACUGAAUAAAAUUGUUUUUUAGAAAAAAAAA